GCUGCCGCCCCCUAGCGGCGAAGCGGAAGACUGCACCGUUUCCUCUGAUGACAACGUUGACCUGCGGCUGACCCCACUAAAAUCGGACAAAAAACAGCCCAAUAAAAUGCUGUCCGUUAAAUAUAUUUUGUGAAGUACAUUUAUUUUUAAAAAAGAAACGGUUUUAUUUUGUGCCUCGAUAGUGGAUCUGUAGAGAGUUUUCAGGCCCGCAGACGGUGAGCAGGGAUAUUUGCUUCACACUCCACACACAUGUCACCUUCCGUUUCCACUCCUCUCUGCUCCCCUUCUGAAGUGGAUGGGGAAAUGUGGUGCUACCAAAAACCAGGGUUUGAUACCCUCCUCCUCACUGAGCUGCAGAGACAACAACAGUGCAGCCAGUUCUGUGACACUCUGCUUAAGGCAGAAGGGGUGUCUAUACCCGCACACAGCUGUAUUCUGUCAGCUAUCAGCCCCCACAUCUCCUCCGCUCUGUCCUCCACACCGACUCCCGCUGCGGGGCAGAGUCGCCUCUUGGAGUUUCGGGCUCUGGGUGCCUGCACCUUGCUCCACUUGGUCAGGCUUCUAUACUCUGGAGAGAUGGCUGGGGAGGGUGAGAGGGAGAAGCAACAGGCUAUUUCUGCUGCGGCCAACCUGGGCAUCCACGGGUUGGUGGAGGUGACGAAAAGGGAGUGUAAGAGCAGGGAUGGGGUCGGGCAGUGCGCCGAAAUAGGAGUGCAGACGGAGCCUCUGAUGUUUGAGAGUGAGGAGAGACCGAGCAGGUGGAGGAGAGAGGUGAGGGAUGGGAGCACUUUUCUGUGGAAAGAGAUGAUGUCAAAUGGCGGGAAGGAUGUGUGCACUCAAACAGACGAGCUGCAGAUAAACACAGCUCCACCUGCUCACCCAGCAGUAUCGUUUGAGACCAUCAAUAUGAGUGCUCUGCAGAGUAUACAGCACUCAGACCCCCUACUUGUUCCCCCUCAGAUUUGCCCUGUGUCUGUCCUCUACCCUCCAAAUGAACUAACACCUCAGAUAUCCUCUGCUCCCUUAGGUUCUAUACCUGAAGCUGAAAGCACACCUGUUGCUGUUGUGACCCAGCCGUACACAUCUGCCCCCCCAUCCCUCCCUCAUUUUAUGAGCCAGACAACCAUCUGUAAUGCUGACCCCCAGAGCGGAUGGGCUGACCAAGAUGUCACAGUGGUGGAAGAAUGGGAGGAAGAGCAGUUUAAACAGUUUCAAGGCAACAUCCCAGGAUUCAUCAGCUACUUUCUGAACCCUGACAAUGAGGAGGAGCCCCGCAGGGGGAGAGCAGGCCGCAGGCGAAGGUCCGGGGUUGGAGGUGCCAGGAGAGCCGAGACGGGCGAGGAGAAGCGUGGGAGACCACGAGCAGGAGGGAGAGGGCGUGGUCGGGGAGGAUUAACUCAAAUGGUGCAGGAGGUGGGGGUGAGCAGGUUGCAGAAGUUGUUCUUGCUCAGGUGGGGCAUGAGGACGCCCAGGACGGGUCAGGGAGGCGGAGCUGCUGGGAGGAAGCUGUGCCUGCAGACCAGAGAGGUUGUGAAAAAGGGUGCACGCUGUGAGAGGAAAAGAGGGCGUGGCAUAGCGUGGGCAUUAAGCCAAGUUGGAGAUGUGCUGCAGUCUGGUGAGGUCGGAGGAAGCACCACUCAGCGUGGAAGGAAAAAUACGGGGCAACAGUUUGAACAGGGCAGUCUUCCUGUGCGGAGGCCACGAAGGUCCAGAGCCAAAACAGCAACAUCGGCUUCCUGUUUUCCCACACCUAUGCAGUUUACCAAUGCACAUACUCUAUCUACCUCCAGCCACUCCUUCCAGGCUUCUCCAUCUCCCCACCUGCCAUCGCCUGCAGCCUCCUCUCCACCAUCCUGUCUUCCUGUCCCAGCCCCACCACCUCAUGAGGAGCAGCCUGAGCAGAUCGAUCGUCUUCUGGAGGAAGUGAUGAUGGGACUCGAUAUUUUACCAAACAACAAAGGCAGCGCUUCACGUGCUCAGCAUCCCCUUCCAGCAGGUAGCAACACUGGCGCCUCUGCCUCUUCUGAAAUCACCUCAUCCCAAAACAAACCGCAGAGCCUUUCUUCUGAGCUCCAUGAAUCCACUGAGGUUGCAGUUGUUGCAGGAGCAGCUGGUCGCUCCAGUUCUACAAAUGGUGUGGUGCCAGUUCUAGAGCGGCCGUGCGAGGGAGAGCUGGGUGACAUGCUGGACCACUUCCUGCAGUCGUUUGAGCAGCAUGUUGAAAGCUGUCGUGCAAGAGAGGAGAUGGAGACGAGUGGUGUGAGCUCCACAGAGUCCUGCCAACCUCUCACUCUCAUGAACACUUACAAAAAAAACAAAGAUCACACUACAAACCCCUACAUGCCUCAACUACAAAGGAGCACCCACAGAAUUGAGUGCUCUCAAACACCUGAGCUGCACAUUGAUGAAAACGAGUCUCAAGAGAGCCGCUCACAGUCACGCAAGGCCCACGCUGGCCGCACCGUUUCCCCCAAACACAUAGAGGAAACUAGACCGACUUCAAAACGACAGAACAAAAGAAGGCAAAAGCCUUAUCUGUUCUCACUAGAGAAGAAGAAGGUGAAGGUGAGGAAGCCAGACGAUGCGGUGAACAGAAACCCUCAUGCCAGAAAAGAGAAUCAGCUAAAGCAGAUUCCUGUGGUGAACCUGGAGAGGAGAGAACUGCUGCCGGUCAAAGUGGCAAUGCCGCGACACAUCUGUCAGAAUCUGAAAGGCAAGGAUGCUUUACCCUUCCUUGAGGAGCCACUUACAGCCAAACGCCUACCCUCAGCAGUUCAAUCAGGGCGCAGAAGUAGGGGCAGACCCAGGAAAAAUGACCCUCUCAGCUCAUCUAACAGAGAGUGUUCAAAACCACCCAUUCUGGCACAGCCUGCAGAUUUCUGUGUUGCGGAUGAACAACUUGAGAAAAACCAGGAGAGACGUGAGGAGGAGUUGGCUGUACAGUCACACGAAGAGGUGGGGGGGGCUACGAGGAGGGGACAGAAGAGGGGAGCAGAGUCAGACGAGGAUACGAGUGAUAACGCCACCGUGGCCAAGAGGGCUUGCUUUGAGACACCGACACAGCCACCCACCUCUGAACCUGCAGACUUUACCUCUAAACUAGGAGCCACAGAUCCUGAGGAGACAAUCGAUGUAGAGACUGUUUCUCCGACCGGAGCCUGUUUACAAGAAGAAAAAGAAAAUCUCCCGUGGAGUGAACUCAGACUAGCUGAGGGAAGUCUGACAGAUGAGGAAGUACAGAGCAGCGCUGAUGAGAUCAUCGAUGUGGAUGGAGACGACGAAAACUUUGAGAUAAAAGAAGAGAUUCAGACUCAGAGCAGAAGAGCGCCGACUGUGUUUGCUGACCUGCAGCCUUCUGUUUCACCCUCACAGUCUGCAAAUGGAAGCUGGGACGUUGUCAAAGAUGAGGUCAUCGAUGUGAUUGGAGGCUCCAGUCCCAUCCCUGAACCGGUGACCAUCACGUGGACAGAGUCUUCAGAAGGUGAAGAAGAAGAAGGAGGAGAGCUGGACGUUGAUGUAGUCGGAGAACACAAAGACAGCGCUUCAUCAGUGAUUUUCACCGCUGUGAUUAAAGACCUUGUCAAGGGAAACGUUCAGACUGAGGUGCGCUUUCAUUAACACCUCUAAUGCCCCCUUCUUUUCUGUUCGUGUGAUUUCUUACAUUGGUUCAUUUAACUGCGUCUAUUUCAGGGCUGGUGACAAAUGGUCGACGUAGAUGUUCAUGAAUGUUUGUCUUCUCUCUGUAUUGUGCUCACAUCCACGUGCAAACAUGCUGACAAUCACACCAAGGAUGUUUGUGUUGCUAUUCCACUGGGGUUUAAGAUAAAUGGAGCAAUAUGUGUCAUUUGUUUCAAGCAGUGAGGAAAGACCUGCAUCCUAAUGCGUAACAUUGUGAGCUUAAUCAGAACAAAAGACGUGUGUUUGUGUGAAGAUGUUUAGUUUUAAGCUCUUCAGCUGAGUAUAUAGAGACAGCUGGGAUUGUUCAUAAUUGAAGAAUUUUAUGUGUUACAAGUUUAAUAUUACUCAUUUGUAACUGUUAAGCAAAGUUUUUUUUUUUAAACUGAAGUAUUGGAAAUACAUUUAAAAAAUCAGGUUUUUGUAUGUAAAGAAAGCGUUUUUAUUAGUUGUACAUAUGACAGUAACCGUGCAUUACGCCUUAAUCAUGCUUCAGCUAAAAAUCUACAUCACAACUUAAUCUUCCACGGCGAUCAGAGUCGACCUGACCUGUAGUUGCAUUAUUCCAGAGCUGCACGUCAGGUUACGUUGUAAGUUACGACGUAGAUUUCCCGCUGAAGCGUAACUCAGUUAGUUGUAAAUAUGAUUGGUCAUAUAUAUAUAUACAUGUAUGUCAGCUUCUGUUCUGCCAAAAAUUUCCAGAAAACUUUCAGCACUCCUUGUUUUUAUGUUUGUUUUCGUUUGCUAAUGUUCCCCGUGGCACUUUUGGUUCAAGGAUCUGU